AAAUGAGAGAGCGAUAUUGUUAUUGUUAGCUUGUUAGCUAGCAGACGAACUGGUGAAUGGAGCUAUGACAGAGUAAUAACCUCUUAUUACAUGUGCACGAUUAAGUUAUUACAAACGUAAAGUGUGGUAAACGUCCCAGCGAGUUCUUUAGCGGUGUAAACUAAUCAAGCAUUUUUCACGUUGUUUGGGGUAUGAGAUGGAGGACGGAAACAGAACUGAUGCUGCUUCCACAUCCAAGAGCCACGCAGGCUCACUCCACCUGCAGACUCCAAAAAACGAGGACGCCUAUGAAAUUGCCAUCCCCUAUGAAGAGAGCAACUUUGAGCAGCAAGGAUUUUUCAACCAGAGUGAUCAGAAUUUUGAUGAGUCGCCCCCAUCUGCUGGCACGUCUCAAGCAAACAACUCUUAUAUGGUGGUCACCAACCUGCGGACCCAGCUACAGAUCUCUCUGGAGAAAAACUCAUGGCUGCAGAAAAGAAUUGAGGACUUGGAAGAGGAGAGGGACUUCCUCCGAUGCCAGCUGGACCGCUUCAUCUUUUCCACAAAGAGCCAGGGACAGGAGCAGAGUCAGAGCCAGUACAGUAAUGGCUAUGAAUCCAGACGAUUUAACUGGAGGGUAAGAAGAGAGGAAGAUCGUCCCGUUGAACAGAAGACAGAGUCGCAACAUUUCCCCUCGCGUCAGUUCAUCCAACGAAGGCCUGGUCCUCCAACCAUGGUGCCUUCCAAAAACCAUGUGUCCAGUCCACUAACCAAUCAGCUUGCCUCUAUAAAUGCUUUGUUCAACUCUACACAAUCCCAGGCCCUCUUGCAAGGCCAUAGCCAUAGUACUCCCAAUACCACAGCCAGUGGCAGCAGCAGCAACAACAGUGCUACAAGGGCAUCCAUGAAUGAAAUGAGUGGACAUAGCAACAUAGGUCCAGGUAAUACAAAUGAUUCGCUUUCACUCUUGGGAGAAUCUGAUGAGUACUUGGAACAGGACGGCUACCUCGAGGAGGAGGAAAUGAUAUCAGGGGAAGAUGUAAUGCAAGAUACCAUUCACAGCAACAGACAUCAAUUAAAGAGGAGGCGGGUCUUCCGAGCCCCUAGAGAGCGACAGAGAGUGAAAGAUGCGGCUGGAGUGUUGUUUCGCUACAAGAAGAUCCUGCUUACAUAUCAGCGUCUGAAAAACAUGUCGAAAGCCUUCCAAAUCCAUGGUGUGGACCGCAACACGGUGGCUUCCACCACACCCAUUGCUGAGCUGCUCCUAGUGGCCCCAGAGAAGGUGGCGGAGGUGGGCGAGUUUGAUCCAUCCAAGGAGAAGCUACUGGAUUAUGCUCGGCGCUGCUACACUGCCCUGGAUGAGGAGACACUUAGCAGGGUGCAGGCCCUGAAGAAAAAUAACCUGCUCCUGCCCAUCUCCUACAGGUUUAGACACUGAGGAGAGAAAGACGGUGAAGUUGGUGGUUAAGUGUGAAGAAAAGAGGCAGUUAUUUUCUGCUGCAGCAGGCCAGCUCACUUCCGAGAGAUGCCGAGAGGCAUGAAGAAUUAUUUUGCCAUCUCAGCGUCCCGAAUGAGGCCGUGUAAACUGCGGCUGAGAUCCUUUACUUUUCAAACAGCUACACUUUUCCAAUUUUACUUUUAUUAUCAAAAGGGUGUCCGUUUCUUUGACAAAAAACCCUCACCAUUGUUCCAUAUUGAGGAUAUGGGAGUGCCCGCUGUAGCUGGAAAGGUAAAAAACAUGGUUUUUCUUGCUCAAAGAGCAAAAAUGGCAUGUCUGUGUGAUUUAAAAUGUGUGUACAAGAAUGUGUCUUUACUAUUUAGAUUAAAGAGGGGAUUGCUUUCCUUCAGUACUUAGCCGGUGUAAUCAUCUUAGCUCAUUCAUGUGUCAGCCUCAGCGUUUUCAGAGACACACAGACCUUUUCUUUCCUAAACAAAAUUAUGCUGGACUCCAUAGAUUUUGUAGAAUUUGACUGUGUGUUUAUAUUUCUCUGUGUCUUUGUUGUAUUAUUGUUGGCAUUGUCAUUAUAUCCUCAACUAUUUUCACAUGCCUUAAUGCAAUUUUUGUCUUGUCCUGGUGUGAGACAUGCAACAGUUUUGGGCCACUUUCACUCACUGAACAGAACCUACUUUUCCUUCCUUUUGGUUUAAAUGAGGGGAAAACUCUUAAAGAGGAUGACACAUAACAAACUGACAAUAGUAAAGACUAGUCCAACAUUAUGAGUUUUUUUUACAGUAACAUACUUCUUGCAACAAGAUCCACUUGUUUUUAGUUUAAAAUCUAAGACAGACACUUGUUGGUCUUGGGCCCAGUCUUAACAGCAAUACUGCUGCAUUACUCCGUUGUUUCACCAAGCCUUUUUUGUAAAUGAUCCGCACUAAAGUGUUUCACUUCUUAUGCUUCUGGUAUUGAGGCUCUUGCUGUAAUGCGUUUGUGACAAUAAUACCUUUUGUAAAAGAGUGAAGAGCAUUUACUAUACUAGCUAUAUGUAACUAGCUAUAUGUAACUUUGUGUAACUUCUGGUUCUGUGCGAAAACCUGUGGGCAUUAACUACACAACACAAACAUGUUACAGUUUGAGUUACAGAAUCAGCAAAAGCAACUUUCUUCCCAAUGCUCCAGUACAAGUGCAUGGAAAAAGAGCUUCUUAAAGGUCUGUAGUUUAUUAGGGCUGGGAACCAAAUUCAAUGCUCUUUAGGCACCGAGCAAAAGUAUUGAGUAUAAAAAUGAAAUGCAAAAAUGAAAUGUAAAAAUGCCUUGUCAUUGAAUGUCCAAUUUCCAUUCCUUAGAAGUAAAUCUCAUCAGAGGCAGUGAACCAAUAAGCAUGCAGCAUGCUUCUACCAAGAUCUAAUAAUGCUGGGAUUGGUUGUGUAACGUUACACGUCGUAAAGGCAUGCAGGAAAAACUCAGUUACGCAUAGAGACAGAGAGAUGAAAAGAUUUGGGCCGUAAUGUGUAAUGUUGUAAUUUCUUUUUGUUUUAUGAAUUGUUGAUGUAGAAAAGUAUUGUUUAUGAACACACAGUAUUGACAUUGAAAACCUUUGACCCAUACCCAGCCCUAAAGUUUUAUAGUGAUCUAGUCAAAAUUCAUAAUGUUCAAAGCAGCAAACGUAUUGAUUAUAUUAUACAAUAAUGUGUGGUGUUGAGACCAGUUCAGUAAAAUCAUGAUAUCUCUUACAUUAACACAGACUUUUGACUUACAUUUUCCUAAAUGUUAACAGAUAGGGUCUCCAGUCUGUGGAAGUUAUGCCAUUUUCACUGUCUUAUUGUUUGUUUGACUAAAAAGCAAACAGUGCACGGUGCAGUCCAAGUGCUAAGAAGAAUUUUUAAAACCAUUCCAGGGUACAGUGUUU